AUGACGACAUCUACAGGUGCGCUGCGAGCCUGGCUGCUCGCAGCAGCGCUUGCGAUUGGGACGACCACAGCGGUGUCCGUCCCAGCGCGCGCACUAUUUGCAAGAGACAACACAUGCGGCGACACAACAUACAGCAAAUGUCCGCAGGCCGGAUUCCCAGACAACUUCUGUUGCAAGCCGGGGACAUCCUGCAUAUCUCUAGCAGGAAACACCACAAUACUGUGUUGCCCUGAUGGCGACGACUGCGCUGUUAUCGCACCCAUAGUAUGCAACAUACAGCUCCAGGACGCAAGCACAAACCCGCAGGCCGGCGUCAAAACUACAGCACUGACGAGUGAACUACCAAAGUGCGGAAGCAAUUGCUGCCCGUUCGGAUAUACAUGCGACAACGACCAGAACUGCGUGAAGAACGAAGACCAGACAAAAAAACCGGAUGGUGCGGUAGAUGCGAGCUCUACAGCAGCCUUGCCAACCUCGACGGCGGCAAGCACAGGUCAAGCCUCGACGGCAGCACCAAGUACAUCAUCCGCCAGCUCAAGCGACGGUGGCAUCACCGCGACGGCCGCGCCGGAGGGAGGAUCGGCAGAGGGCCAAGGCAAUCCUGACGAGGCUCACAAGGAGGGUGCCAACACGUCUGCGAUCGUCGGUGGGGUCGUGGGUGGUGUGCUCCUGCUGCUUGCUGUCGUCGUCGGCAUCGUCUACCUCGUCUACCGGCACCGAAAGGAUCAACAGCGAAGGCGGGCUAGCAGCCACUCCCUCGUCUCGUCGGAUGCCCGCAGGAUCGAGAAGAUCUCUGGCCCCUUUCCCAAUGGGGACUUUCCCCAAGGGAGAAGCGACUUCAUCGCAGCCAAGUCAUACUCGUCAGCAAACUCCACACCGUCUCAAGCGCAGGGGGCGUUUGUCCGUACCAAAUCGGUGAACAGCAGGGGCUCUUAUGUCAGUUACGACGCGCGCAGCCUGCACCAUUCAGCCAUGGUACAAGGGUUGGCGACGGAGGCAAGGCCUCAAGUUGAAAGACAGGCGAGCGACGAUUCGCAAGGCAGUCUUGGCGAGUAUGUCGACAUCGCUCUGGACACCCACCUCGCAGUGCCUGGAAUAAUAGACCCACGUCGCAACCUAUCCAGGGAUACAACCUUGACGCAGUGGCCGGGAGCGCACCCAGCAGCCGGUGGUCGUAGAUAG